CACCAUGGAGUACUGACGUUCCUAAAAGCAAGAGCCCGUUGCUGGCAUUUAAGGAUUUGGUACCUCAUGGAGAAAGCACCAUUUGGAAUAUUUCAUCACCAUCCAACUUGACUUCCAGCAUCAACAUGUUCAACAGAAUUCUCCAUUUUGGCAAGAGUCAGACACAAUAUUCAACGGCAGCAAAUCUCAGAGUCAUUUUGUGUGAGAUCUUAUCACGCUAUACAUUACAUACUGGUCUCACCGAAGGGAAGAUGGCAGCCAGUAUCCACAGGACGUUCUGCUCUACCAACUUGUCUCUUUUAGAGUCAUUCACCCAAGAGUUCAGAAAUCAGCUCUCUCAGGUGCGACUCAACCCUCAAUACCAGGCAGUGUUUGUCAAAGAAAUGGUCUCAUUACUAUUGCUCAUCUCUCAAGUGCAGAAUGACACCUCUUUGUGGCAUCUUCUUCUGCUGGCCCCAGAUAUGUUUCAGGGCAGCAUGCAGCAGCAAGACAUAUUUGAUAACGUUCAGAAUGCAAGCAGUGUUUUGCUGGCAGUUCAAAAUGUCUCUGAGUUGUUUGUGACUGAAGAUAGAUUCAGAACUGCUCAAGACGGGGUUGCAGAUCCUCUAUUUCCCCUGAACUGCUUGGAGCAAGAUAAAGAAAGAAGUUUGGUGACCAGAGAAAUUUGUGAUCUCUUUGUUAACUGGAAAGACAAUGAGACUUUAGUAUCUGAUUUGAAGGAAGUUGUGAGAAAAUUAAAGUUACAAGAGAUUGGUGGAAAAGAUUCCAAGAGCUCCAUUAAUUCAGAUGUUUUAGAAGCCGUACAAAAGUCUCUGUAUCGCUUAAAAGGCUUUGAAGAAAAAAUGAAUAGAAGUGAAUUAGAAAGCUUAAACGUAUUCAUAAAUUUAAAGAAUGAAACAUUACAGAAACUGUAUGCAAUUCUUGAACUGGGAAUGAAUCCACGUCAUGAUUAUAAAUUCAAAGAACCAUAUAAUAAGGAAAUAAUUGAUGAAAUCUAUAAGUUCACAUCGCUGCAAUUACUAAGCAACUUUAAUGGGACUUCCAUUUUCAAUACAAUGGCACAAUGGAAAGAAAUUCAGAGUGCUUUAAAAUUAGCAGCUAUGAUUUGGAAUCCAGAUUUGUUAAAUAAUUCUAAUUUUAGUACAGAACAAACUAAGGAUACUCUCAAAAUGUUACUCUACACUAACAUGCCAUCAUUUAUGGAAGACUUAAGAGACCGUUUAAAUAAAAUACAAGAAAUAUCUUCCUUGUUUUCUGACUAUUUGCUUAAACCAGUCUCCUACAAAGACUUUCCAGACCAGCUCCUAGCUCUCCAGAAGAUGUUUUUUAUAAUGACAAAUACAAACAUAGGUUACCAGUACCUGCUGGUGCCUGUGUUUGAACUGAUGCGGAGAGUAGAAAGCUCCAUGGGUGAAGCCCGGUGGCAUGAGCUGAAUGUCUAUUGGCGCAUGGGGGAAAAACUAAGGUCAAUGAAGUGGAAUAUCACAGGCAUCGUAGCUUACCAGCAAUUUUUAGAUAUAUUAAACACCCAUUUGCAUAAACUGAAUAAUAAUUCAAAUAACUUCUUCAGUGAAGAAAUAGAUCGACUCUCAGAAUUUGUAACAACUGUGUUUAAAGAGUUUGGGGAAGACUCUGAAGCAGCCAAUAUCUCACUGGUCACUCAAGCCGUACAAAAGACCUUGUAUGUGUUAAAAGACUUGCAGCUGCAUUAUAAUAUCAGCAAGUUAAAAUAUAUAGAUCUGUUCUUUAAUUAUAACAAUAAAACCUUUGACAGCUUGUCUGAACUACUGAGGUUAGGAAUUAAAAUCCUUCAUUAUACAACUACAGGUGAUGCUUUCAGUGAAGGAAAAGUUGAACCUGUGUAUAAUUUAACACGUGUUCUACUGCAAGAGUUCAAUGAGUUUAUCUUACAGCACAAUACUUCAUUAGAGGCAAAAAUAUGGGACUUCUUGCAUUCAGCCUUGAUUCCAUUCUUUGGUAAUAACAGCAAUUAUAAGAUGCCCCAGAACUGCUCUGCUCAAGACAUUCUCCACAUAACACUGGAGAUGCUGUUUGAAAACGCCACGCUAAGCGAGUCACUAGCCAGGAGCCCCUGCGAAGGCCUCUUUGCUGCCAUGGAUGUGGAGAGGGGCGCAGUACCCAAUGCAACCUUUACAAAGAUGUUUCAACUUGCCAUAAUGAACUUGAAGCUGUCUCCGGAGUUUGAUGUUGUCUACAAGCCCAACCGGGAACGUUUUUCCAAGGAGCUGUCAUGCAUCGUGCAGUCUUUGCAAUUUUCCCUGAGCUUCCUCUCGAGCUUAGACCUUGUCUCUGAGCAACAUUCCUCUUGGAUGCAGCAGAAGACCAAGGCUCUGACUGCUGUUGCGGAGGGGCUGCUGUUGAGUAAUGCAUCCUGCCCUGCCCCGGUGCUGCAGGAUGUGGGUGGUGUGCUCCCAUCCCAGCUUUUGAACAUUCUCAUUCCUUUUAUGCUAAACGAAACAGGCUUAAAUUCUCUAAGUUUCUCAGGCAGCCCAGCAGACUGGCAUAAGCUGCCUCUGUUUUCCCAUCUGUUGCCGAGUUUUUCCAUUUGGAACAGUAGUAUAUAUGAACUGCUGCAGAUGCCUGGAAAUGCUUCCGACCUGUCUGAAUGGAGACAUUUCUCCCAGCUGUGGAACGCCACUGGCAAUGUGUUGACCACCAAAUGGAACUUAACAGAAGUGGAUGAAUAUGUGAAACUCCUGGAAGUUAUGAAAAAAGCUCUAAUUCUUGUCGACAUUGGGGUAGAUCCCAGAAAAACAGAAGUAUUUCAAAUUCUUCAUAAUACUAGCGGAGUAAUGAAAUCAUCCAAUCCGAAGGAUUUGUAUAGUUCCCUAAAACUCCUUUUCAAUUUAACUUUUGCUGCAAACAGCACGGUGGAGUUAGAAAGAAUAUUUCAAGAAAUUACCCCACUGUAUGAGAUAGCUGGUGAAAGACCGUUCUAUCCUAAUCGCCAUGGGAAAGAAAAUCAGGAUGUUCUAACUAUGGCUGUAACAAUUUGGAAUCACAUCAUUUUAAAUAGGACUCAUUUUAAUACAGAGAAAGCAUGGGAGAUUAUUAAAAUGAUAGCACUUCAUGCAGUCCCUCUUGAAGACCUAGAGGAUUAUCUCGGCACAAAUGAAGAAGUGUCGUUGUCGUUUUCUGAUUUUUUGCAGACCCCUGUAACUUCUGAAAACUUUGCAGAACAUCUCUUGGCCCUUGAAGAGCUUCUUGCUGCCCCUGCAAAGGUGAAUACCAGCAGUCACUAUCUGCUGAUCUCUUCUUUGUCUAAACUAAUGCAGAGACUUCAGGGCUCUUCUCACGGAAGCCAAGGAAAUGAACUUCAUCAUUUGGGGCAGAUUACUGCAAUACUCCAGUCCAUGAACAUGGACAGCAUGGACAGUCUUACCUCCCAGUUGCUUCUAAACAUACUGCAAAAUCAGUUUAAAAUCAUGAAAAAUGAUUCCAGUCUUCCUUUCAGUAGAGAAAUGAAGCAGCUGAUAAACUUUCUAUCUGCCAUAUUUGAGGUGUAUGCUGAAGAGGAUUCCAGAGGCGCCAACAUCUCCACAUAUUCACAAGCUCUACAAAAGGAAGGAAUUCAGUGA